AUAUAAAGACGCUCUGAUGGGUUCUGGUAUUCUUACUGGUGUUUUCUGUUAGAUGACUGUGUGUUUAUAAACUGUUUACAGGAGCACAAUGCCUUAUUUUGGCUCGGAGGAGACUGUAAAAGAGCUCAAGCGAGCUCUGUCCAAUCCAAAUGUCCAAGCAGACCGUCUCCGGUACAAAAACUACAUCUCCAAAGUCAUCAGGUACAUGACAGGGUCUGGAUGUCUCCACUUUAUUUAUGGACAUGGUGAAAGCCAGUGCCACAGUGGAUAUUGUUCAGAAGAAGCUGGUAUAUCUGUACAUGUGCACCUAUGCCAGUGACAAGCCUGACCUGGCGCUGCUGGCCAUCAACACGCUCCGUAAGUACUGCGCUGAUCCCAAUCCCAUGGUGCGAGGGUUGGCCCUGAGCAACAUGUGCAACUUCAGGAUGCCAGGAAUGACAGAGUACAUAGAGCAGCCCAUUGUUGCUGGUCUGCGGGACAAGGCCAGUUACGUAAGGAGAGUCGCUGUGCUUGGUUGUGCCAAAAUGCACAGUCUGCAGCCCAACACAGAGAUAGAUGGCAUUAUAGUAAAUGAGCUGUAUGCUCUUCUGAGGGACCCAGACCCUGUGGUUGUAGUGAACUGUCUUCGUGCCUUGGAGGAAAUUCUCAAAGAUGAGGGUGGUGUGGUUAUUAACAAACCCAUUGCUCAUCAUCUUCUCAACAGAAUGAAGGACCUGGACAGUUGGGCUCAGAGUGAAGUCCUCACCUUCCUGCUACGUUACCGUCCUCGUAGCGACGACGAGUUGUUCGACGUCCUCAGCCUACUAGACUCCUUCCUCCAAAGCACUCAUGCACAUGUUGCAGUUGCCACGCUCCGCCUCUUCCUUCAUUUAGCCUCCGCCCACCCUGCUGUGCAGGCCGACGCCCUCCUGUGCACAAGUGCGCCCCUGCUGGCCACCUGCGGUGCUGCGUCACGCGAGCUUCGCUUUGCUGGCCUCUGUCACGUACAGAAGGUCAUGCGGAGUCAGCCGGGCCUUUUCAGCACACAUUACAAACGCUUCUUUUGUGGAUACUCUGAACCGACUUACAUUAAGUUUCACAAGAUGGAGAUCUUGGUGGAGCUGGUGAAUGAUGAAAAUGUGGCUUUGGUUUUGGAGGAGCUGAGUAGCUACUGCACUGAUGUGUCUCCUGAACUGGCCCAGGCAGCCAUUGCUGCUAUAGGUCGCAUUGCACGAACCUACAGUGAGAAGUGUCUUGAUAUCCUGACUGGCCUGCUGGCAUUGAAACAAGAUCACAUCACGUCAGUGAGUGUGUAUGUGUGUGUGUGUGUGUGUUUAGCGGUGAUCCAGACGUUCAGGGAUUUGGUGUGGUUCUGUCCUCAGAGUACAGCCGCUGUGUGUCAGACCGUGGAGGUCUGUGUUGACAGUCCUCAAGAUAGUGAGCAGGCUCUGUUAUGGCUUCUGGGAGAACAUGGUGAAAAGAUCAGUAGUGCCCCCUAUGUGAUGGAGGGCUACGUAGACGGGCUGAAGACUGAGUUGUCCUUGGCUGUGAAGAUGGAGCUGCUGACCACCGCAGUCAAGAUGUUCCUGUGCCGUCCCGCUGAGACUCAAGACAUGCUGGGCCGUCUUUUACAUUACUGCAUUGAGGAAGAGAGCGACGUGUGUGUGCGUGACAGGGCUUUGCUGUACUACAGACUUCUUCAGCGUGGAGUUGAAGAGACGAGGAAAGUUGUAACCGGACCCAAAUCUGAUCCGUCCAUGAGUGUUCUCACCGAACGGCAAGAAGAGCCCAUUAGUCAGUGGGCCUCUACCUUCAACACUCUCGGCCCGCUGUCUGGACACGAUCUAUGCCUUCAGACUGCUGUUAUAUCAGCCGCUGACCAACCAUCCAACAGUACAGAAAAGGAGCUGUUGCCAGGAAGUAAAGAUGUAACCCUCUCCAGCCCAAAUGACACAGAAGAGGAGAUCAGUCUAUCUUUGGGUCCUCCUCUAUCCCAUGAGACUUUUGAGAAAAUGUGGCUGGACUUGGAGAUUCUCCACAGGCAAACUCUGGGUUCCCCUCUACCCAGAACGGCUCUGGAUAUGUUACAGGCUGCUUUACAGCUGGUGAAGAUCCAGACUCUGGCCUUCACCCCGGGAGACACUGUGCCGUGGAAGGCCUACAUUUACACCAGGAGCACUGGGACCCUGAUCCUCGCCGAACUGCUGCAGGGGGACCCGCAGGCCCCUGGCAGUGAUGAAAGCCUGGUGGUAUCUGUCAAACAGCAGCCCGUAAACCAGCAUGCCAUCAGAGGAUUUGCUUCAAUACUUAAGAGUGUGCUGCAGACUCUUAAUGAUGAUAGUUCAUGAAAUUCAGAAGUCUGAACUAUUGCUACUUUGAGGACAAUGUACGGUCUAUUACAGUAUAAGCUGGAGUUUUUCAACACAAUUAAUCGAAUGGUCUUUCUAAACAUAAAAGCCUUCCAGAAAGGCUUCUUUCUAGCACCCAGUUGCCUCAUUUUAUCUCUAUCUCAGGUUAUAAUUUUCUUUUUCAACAUCUUGCAGACAAAGCAAUGUUUAGUUAUAGUAAAUAUAUGGUCUAUUAUACAAAACAGGUGCCUUUUGUGUCCCGCAUUAAUAUGAAUAUACUUGUAAUAUGUUGUAUAAUAGGCAUUUUAGAAGAAUCUUCGAGAAUCUGUCGCAGGUGGGCAACAGGGAAAAACCCCUCUGCUGUGACGGAUCCAGCCUUGACAAGACCGCACGUUUAUGCCACCACAGGCCAGUUUUUCCACCUUACGUAACGUGGUAGGCUUGCAAUUCUACACAAGAUUCUCUUCCACUCUUCUUUUGAACUUUCCAACUGAUUGUGGUGGCCACAGAGAAUCUGCUCAAAUGAUGUUGAGCUCUUUGUCCUGCCUCUGUCAUUCCAACACAAGAACAUGGUCGAUCACAGGAGCUCUGAUUUCAUCUGAAAUGACUGUUCUUGGCCUGGCUCUUCUUCGUCCUCCUCUUCCUCCACCACCCAUGCCAUCUGUGCACUUUGAACUGGCUUGUAUUUUGUACAUUUGCAUAUUGUAUUUAGAAACGAGUGUGAACAGUUCUGAAUUAUUUUGUGCAAACGAUGACAGCCGUGUUGUAACAUACUUUCUUGUGUUUAGGGUUUUGCAUCACAAGUUUAUCACAGUGCAAAUUGUGUUUUAGUGAGUGAGAAUGUGUUUCGGGUUUUGCAAAAAGAGAUGUGCAAACAGUGUCUAAACUGCCUGAACUUGUUUAAGGUUGUGCAGAAAGAGUGAUUUGUUUGACAAACUGGUUUAGGCUAUUGAGAAUUUGGUUCAGAGAAUGGGGUUUAGUGUCUUAGCAAAUGUGAAGAACUGUAAGACACUGUCUUAACAUAGAGGCUAAGUUUAUGCAACUGGACCCAGGUCUUUUGCUUCAUGCUUCCAAUAAAUGAAGUUCAAGAACUGACUGUUCACUAUGUAUAUGUAGUGUGUGUGUGAGCGAGCAUAAUGACAUAGGUAUUACAAGAACAAAAGCUCAGUAUAAAAGUCCCUGUAAACCAUAAAUGCAUAUGUGUAUGCUAAAGCAGAAGUAAAUAUGCAGAAGAGAGAAAUGUUGGAUUUGUGUGUGUGUGUGUGUUAAGUGUAACAGUUAAGUAAGUGCCAGUGAAAGACUGUGGUCAAGCCAGCCUCACUUUUUUUGGACUGCGCGUCUAAGCGCGCACUUACGGUCUGGGUGCUGGGAGUGGUUAAAAUGCAUGUAAAGAAGCUGUCAUAAAGGCGUUUCCUUUAUACUUUUGCUGAUAUUUUCAAUAGAUUGCUGUCCACGGUGACCCAAAAUAUGUCUGCAUAAAACGUAAUUUAACUCUAA